GUAACUAUGUUGCUGCUGGAGAUCAAUGAAGCCGAGUGAAUGGGCGGCCCGCGCGAGUCCACAGCAGAGGCGCAGCGCCCGGCGGUGCAGGGCUGCGCUGCUCCAGGAAACUCUUGAGUUCUCCUCGCGUUGCCAGUUUUCGGCCUCCUCAUGCCUCCGUCUCCUUUAGAUGACAGGGUAGUAGUGGCACUGUCUAGGCCUGUCCGACCUCAGGAUCUCAGCCUUUGCUUAGACUCUAGCUACCUUGGCUCUGCCACCCCCGGCAGUAGCAGCCGCCCGUCUGUCAUCGCCACCACCAUCGUGUCCCUCCAGGCUGCGAAUCUGACGUAUAUGCCCUCAUCCAGCGGCUCUGCCCGCUCCCUGAAUUGUGGAUGCAGCAGUGCCAGUUGCUGCACUGUGGCAGCUUACGACAAGGACAGUCAGGCCCAGACCCAAGCCGUUGCUGCGGGCACCGCCACCACCGCCGUCGGAACCUCUACCACCUGCCCUGCCCCCCAGAUGGUCAGCAGCAAUGAGAACACAGGCUCCCUAAGCUUAGCGGGUGGGGCGGGCAGCCCCGCGGCAGGGACCCCCAAGCAGCUAGCCAGCAUCAAAAUCAUCUACCCCAACGACUUGGCCAAAAAGAUGACCAAGGGCGGCAGGAGCCACCUGCCCAGCCAGGGCCCCGUCAUCAUCGACUGCAGGCCCUUCAUGGAGUACAAUAAGAGUCACAUCCAAGGAGCUGUCCACAUCAACUGUGCCGACAAGAUCAGCCGGCGCCGGCUGCAGCAGGGCAAGAUCACUGUCCUGGACCUGAUUUCCUGCAGGGAAGGCAAGGACUCUUUCAAGAGGAUCUUCUCCAAAGAAAUCAUAGUUUACGACGAGAAUACCAACGAGCCGAGCAGAGUGAUGCCCUCGCAGCCUCUUCACAUAGUCCUCGAGUCCCUGAAGAGAGAAGGCAAAGACCCCCUGGUGCUGAAAGGAGGGCUCAGCAGCUUCAAGCAGAACCACGAGAACUUGUGCGACAACUCGCUGCAGCUGCAGGAAUGUCGAGAGGCGGGCGCAGCCGCAGCCCCCGGCCUGCUACCUCAGCCGGUGCCCAGCACCCCGGACAUCGAGAGUGCCGAGCUCACGCCCAUCCUGCCCUUCCUCUUCCUGGGUAACGAGCAGGAUGCUCAGGACCUGGACACCAUGCAGCGCCUCAACAUCGGCUACGUGAUCAACGUCACCACGCACCUGCCCCUGUACCACUACGAGAAGGGCCUCUUUAACUACAAGCGCCUGCCGGCCACCGACAGCAACAAGCAGAACCUGCGCCAGUACUUCGAGGAGGCCUUCGAGUUCAUAGAGGAGGCGCACCAGUGUGGCAAGGGGCUCCUCAUCCACUGCCAGGCCGGUGUGUCCCGGUCCGCCACCAUCGUCAUCGCCUACCUAAUGAAGCACACUUGGAUGACCAUGACGGAUGCUUACAAAUUCGUCAAAGGCAAACGACCAAUUAUUUCCCCAAACCUUAACUUCAUGGGGCAGUUGCUGGAGUUCGAGGAAGACCUGAACAAUGGUGUGACCCCGCGGAUCCUGACGCCCAAGCUCAUGGGCGUGGAGACGGUGGUGUGAAGCUCGCCGCCGGGGCUGCGGGCGGGUAGAUUCUGGUUUUGUCGGUUUUCUUUCUUUCUCUUUCUCGUUUUUAGUUGGAGGUAUGGUUUGUGAAUGGAAGCAAACUUGUUUAAAGACUUUUUAUUUUUAACGAGUGUGAGAAGACCGUAACUUUUGAGGCCAUCGAGAUCCACGUCCUGCAAAGUGACAAGCAGGAAUGUGGAAGAAGUCAUUUGUUCAGCCGAAGACAAAAGUGUAACAGAACUGGGUCUUCCUCUUUUCCUUUUCGCUGUUUGUGGAGUUUACAACGAAAUAGUCUGUGCAGGUUCAUAGACCGAAGAUGCCAAACCUUAAACCACUUCAGAAGAACCCAAAGUAAGAAGCAAGGACACUGAAUGCUGCAGGCUCGGGUUCCCCGGGCCCCCCACGCAGGAAACCAAACGCAGCCCCGCAAGCCCCGCCUGCCCUCAGCAUGGAAGGUCGGGGGCUUCGAGGACUCAGAACCCUCUGCCUUCUCUAAAGACACCGAGGAUGCUGUUACUUAGUGUGUUUCAUGCUCUGGAAUUCUCCCCUCUCUGGUUUAGGAGAUGAUUUGGAAUGACAAGGAAGUGACCAUCACACCACCCGCCUUCACAGGCUUUGUGCAAUAAUGCGGUGUUUCGAGUAUGCGGGGAGCUGAAGCUGGCACCAGCAGUUGACAGGGUGAUUUGCCAGCCCAGGAGGGAGGAAUUCAGCAAUGCCAAUUACUUCCCUCCCUCCCUUUUCCUUUUUCUUCUUUUCCCUUUGAUUCGAUUCUGGUUACAGUGCCACAAAUCUUGUUACAUAUGUAUAUCAGAAUGUAAAAAAAAGACAAAAAUUUAUUUAAAAAUAUUUUUCGCAAAAAAAA